AUGUCCUAUGACCGCUACAUUGCCAUCUACAAACUGCUGCAUUACAUGACCAUCAUGAAUCAUAGAGUCUGCACACUGCUUGUCUUGGCCUCUUGGCUGACUUCAUUCUUAAUUUUAUUCCCAUUACUCAUGUUCUUCAUACAGCUUGAUUACUGUAAGUCCAAUGUUAUCAACUGUUUUACUUGUGAUUAUUUCCCUUUAUUAUACCUUUCUUGUUCAGACACCAAAUUCCUAGAGAUACUGGGGUUUUCCUGUGCUGUGUUUAUUCUAUUGUUUACUUUAGCAUUAAUAAUUCUGUCCUACAUAUAUGUCUUCAGAACAAUUUUGAGGAUCCCUUCUACCACCCAGAGGACAAAGGCCUUUUCCACAUGUUCUUCCCACAUGAUUGUCAUCUCCAUCUCUUAUGGCAGCUGCAUUUUCAUCUGCAUUUUCAUGUAUAUGAAUCCAUCAGCAAAGGACAGGGUGUCUUUGAGCAAGGGGGUGGCUGUGCUAAACACCUCAGUAGCCCCCAUGCUGAACCCCUUUAUUUAUACCCUAAGGAAUCUACAAUUCAAGCGAGCCUUCAUGGACAUGGCCAGGAAGACUCUACUUUUCUCAAGGAAAUGA